GCAAAAAUCCCUGAAUCGUGGUCCUGUCUGCACCCAGCACCACUCACUGCAGCAGCAGCAACCUGCUUAGCAGCCCCGCGCCGCCGCCCGCCCGCCGCCGCCGCCGCAGGACCAGCACCAGCCAGCCAGCACCACCAGCGCACACUCAACUCGAUCCACCCACCACAUGCUCUACCUCCCACCACUAUCAUCUCUUUCUCCAACUCGCACAAGCCAACCUUCAACUUCCCGUCCAUCGACACCAGCAUCUCCUACACCACAAACAGAGCAGGCAGCAGCAGCAGCAGCACCGCAGCGCACAAUGUCGAGCGCAACGCUCCAGAACCGCGCCCACCAGCCGCGCCGUAUCCGCAUUACGAUCGUCGCUGCCGACUCGUUAAUCAAGCGCGACAUCCUCCGUCUCCCAGACCCCUUUGCCAUCGUCUCGGUCGACGGCGAGCAGCUCCACACGACCUCGGUCAUCAAGCGCACCCUCAACCCCUACUGGAAUGAGAACUUUGACAUCACGGUCAAGGACUCGAGCGUUGUUGCCGUCCAAAUCUUUGACCAGCGCAAGUUCAAGAGAAAGCAGGACCAGGGUUUCCUCGGUGUUAUCAACAUCAAGGUUUCCGAUGUCUUCAGCGACCUUGAGCUCGGUGGCCAGGAGAUGCUCACACGCGACUUGAAGAAGGGAUCCGAGAAGGUUGCUGUCGACGGCAAGCUCAUCAUCUACCUCUCCACGCAGACUACUACCCCCAUUACCAACCCUCCCGCCAACGCGGCCAACACGGCCAGCACGAGCGCUGCUGCUGGCGACUCGGCCAUCUCGGUCAACACUGGCAACCAGACCCGUGCUGCCAACGGUACCCCUGAGCCCGAGAGCCCAGCUGCUGGCCUCUCGUCCCCUCCAGCAGUGGCCCCUCCUACUCCCGCGGCCAACCCGCAGCCCCCCUCCAACCCCGCGCCACCCGCACAGAGCAACCAGCCAAUGACUGCUCUUGCCACCGCGACAGCGGGUCUCAACAACAACCCCACCGGCGCUGCCGGCCACCAGUUCGACUCGCACUCUGACCAGCUUGGUCCUCUCCCCGGAGGCUGGGAGCGCCGUAUUGACCACCUUGGUCGUCAGUACUAUGUCGACCACAACACACGUACUACCACGUGGAGCCGUCCCAGCAGCGACCAGUCGUCCAACACGACUACCCAGGCUAGCCAGAAUGCCGCCGCUCUUGCCCGCCACAACCAGCGUACUCUGGCCGACGACAUGCUCGACACGCAGAACACUGGUGCUCACACCCCCACCAACCAGGCCACAACUCUGCCUGUUGGCCAGCAGACAACCGUCGGCACUGGACCUCUUCCCGCCGGCUGGGAGCAGCGCUUCACCCCCGAGGGCCGCCCCUACUUCGUCGACCACAACACGCGCACGACGACAUGGGUCGACCCCCGUCGCCAGCAGCUCCUCCGCGUCAUUGCCCCCGGACAGUCGGGCACUCAGAUCCAGCCCCAGACUGUCUCCCAGCUUGGCCCUCUUCCUUCUGGAUGGGAAAUGCGUCUCACCUCCACUGCUCGUGUCUACUUCGUUGACCACAACACCAAGACGACGACCUGGGACGACCCCCGUCUGCCCUCUUCGCUUGACGUCAACGUGCCCCAGUACAAGCGUGACUUCCGUCGCAAGCUCAUCUACUUCCGUUCGCAGCCGGCGCUCCGCUCCAACACGGGCCAGUGCCACAUCAAGGUGUCGCGUGAGAACAUCUUCGAGGGCUCGUACACCGAGAUCAUGCGCCAGUCGCCCAACGAUCUCAAGAAGCGUCUGAUGAUCAAGUUCGAGGGUGAAGACGGUCUCGACUACGGAGGUCUGUCUCGUGAAUUCUUCUUCCUGCUUUCGCACGAAAUGUUCAACCCCUUCUACUGUCUCUUCGAGUACUCGGCGCACGACAACUACACUCUCCAGAUCAACCCCAACUCUGGCGUCAACCCCGAGCACCUGAACUACUUCAAGUUUAUCGGCCGUGUUGUUGGUCUCGGUAUCUUCCACCGUCGUUUCCUCGACGCCUACUUCAUUGUCUCCUUCUACAAGAUGAUCCUGAAGAAGAAGAUUACCCUUGCCGACCUCGAGUCUGUGGACGCUGGUCUCCACCGUGGUCUCACGUGGAUGCUCGAGAACGACAUCACCGAUGUCAUUGAGGACACGUUCUCGAUCAGCGAGGAGCACUUUGGUGAGCUCGUCACCAUCGACCUCAAGCCCGGCGGCCGUGACAUCGACGUCACCGAGGAGAACAAGAAGGACUACGUCAACUACGUCACCGAGUACCGUAUCUCUCGCCGAGUGUCGGAGCAGUUCGAGGCCUUCAUGUCGGGCUUCAACGAGCUCAUCCCCCAGGAGCUCAUCAACGUGUUCGACGAGCGCGAGCUCGAGCUGCUCAUCGGCGGUAUGUCCGAGAUCGACGUGGACGACUGGCAGAAGCACACCGACUACCGUGGCUACAACCCCUCAGACGAGGUUGUCGAGUGGUUCUGGAAGAUUGUUCGCAGCUGGCCCGCCGAGCGCAAGUCGCGUCUCCUCCAGUUCACCACCGGUACCUCGCGUAUCCCCGUCAACGGCUUCAAGGACCUGCAGGGUUCCGACGGCCCCCGUCGCUUCACCAUUGAGAAGGCCGGUGAGAUCACUCAGCUGCCAAAGUCGCACACGUGUUUCAACCGUAUCGACCUGCCAGCAUACAAGUCUUACGACACGCUUGAGCAAAAGCUCACCCUUGCCGUCGAGGAGACCCUGGGCUUCGGCCAGGAGUAAAACGACGACGCGAUCGACUGUCGUGCCGGGACAUGUACAUGUCCGUCCCCGCCGACCUCCUUCCCGCCGACCGCGCCGGCCGUGGCCUAGCUGCCGUCGAGCCUUAGCCGCCAUAUAUGGCCUAGCUGCCCAUCAUGUCCCCAAAGGGCCCCUCUAGACUGUACUCACUGGACCCUAGUCCUUUACCUUGCCCAUUUAUCGUAAUGUUCGUAUUCGCCCAUGAUGUAUCCGUGAAGUUGGACACUGUUAA